UUGCGGCAAUCAAACAACUUUUACGCGAGCCGAGCUUCAGUGACGCAGUCAAGUGUCAGCACGAGAGGCGGGUGUUUGACACGAGCCUUCAUAUUUCUCUGACGUGAGAUACGAGCUGUCAGAAGAGCAAGAAGUCAAAAGACAAAAGACACCAAAGGCCAGCCAAAGAGAGAGAUGAGAACCUUUCAGAGCCAAAGUCAGCGCGGAGCCUUCAGCACCCUGCACAGCCUCAGCAGCAGCGCCAUGAGUCCACUCAGCACGGCCAGCAUCACCUUCGCAGCCCUCCUCAUCCUCACCAUACCAGUCUGCCAAAGUGCUCCAGCAGAUCUUCAGCAGGCAACAGCAGAUCAGGGGCAGCUACUCAGAGAGAUUGAUGCCAUGUGCUCAUCCUACCUCUCUGAAGACCUGAGGUUUUUGGCAUCUGAUGUCUUAGGAGAACUCUGUGUCUUGAUGCUGGUUCAGAAAUCAAAGGAGCUGAAUGUGAGAGAAAAUAGUAAAAGGUUUUUGUUUCAUUACUCUAGACCACAAGGUUCUGUCUUGUCAAAGGGAGGGUCUCCUCAGUUGCACCCUCUUCUGCGUCUAGUUUCCCAACUAAAUACUAGAAGAGAGAGAGGACUCACAAUGCACGCCGACCUCCAGGGACCUGGAGGAAUCCAGAGCAGAGGCUACUUUCUCUAUCGGCCACGGAAUGGGAGAAGAUCCUUAGAGUAUGAAUGAACUAAAGUCUCCACCUCUGAAGCUUAGUGUACAGAGACAAAACAGACCCUGAGACCCGGGCUGCUGCACCGCCACUGAGUGAUCCAGACAUCAAACACAUCCCUCUGCCUCUGCUUUAUAGUGAUGUUUGAAUGUACACAAUGGAUAUUAAUUAAAACACUAUUAAUUUAUCCAUAUUUUGUUUUGUGUUAUUAAAACUGCUAUCUGUGACUGGGUGUAGCUGUGUAAUUUUGUUUCACUGUGAUUAGUCCUAUUUCAGUACAUUUGAAAACAGCGUAAAAUAGAGUGAAGGAGUGAAUCAGUGAAUUGAGCUUUUACAUAAAAUAGUAGGAGUAAUUUAAACAUGAUAAAGGCUUUGUUUGAUGUAUGGUUGUAUAAUGUGUAAUUUUAGUAAUAAUAAAGUUACAGAUGAUAAAGUAGUUCCUCCUGCUGCAGAAGCCUCAGGUGUUGAGGCUCUGAUACUAAACCAGCACUAUAUCUGCUUGGUUAUCUGGGGGGUUGACUGGGAUAUUUUCUUUGGUGUUCUCCACCUUUUGUGGUGGUUUUUCAUGUGUGUGACAUCAGACAAUUUAUUAGGUACAUCUUGAACUCCACCACCAGCCUGAACCACUGAUAACAACGCAGAUUGGAACC